ACUACCCAUAACAAUCAGUAUUGAUAAAGACAUCCAAGAGCUGUGUAUACAAAAAAAUUUUUACCUAUGCUUUUCAUUACGAUUCAAAUACUUGAAUUCAAUUGUUUAAAAGGAAAGAAAAUAUAAUAUUUAAAAAAUGAAAUUUUCAUUGAAAAAAUAUCCAAAAUUUUUACAAUACUUUGCAACAUUUGCUGCAUGUUUGUCAGCACUUGCUUCAUCAGCAAUGUCCGCGUGGACAAGUCCAACUUUACAAAAAUUAGAACAAAAUAAUCCAGUUGCUGAUGACAAUCCAUUUGGCCAUGCAAUAACAGCUGAGGAAAGUUCUUGGAUUACAUCACUAUCAAUGCUGGGUUCAUUGAUUGGUUGUUCUUUUUUUGGAUAUCUUGCUAAAAGAUUGGGACGUAGAAAAUCUUUGUUGUCUUCUGUUAUACCAUUUUCCAUAAGUUGGAUAAUUGUUGGAUUCGCUCAAAAUGUAGUAACAAUGUGCAUAGGAAGACUCAUUGGAGGAUUUGCUUCAGGUGCAACAACUUCGGUUAUACCGAUGUAUACUGCUGAAAUAAGUGAUAAAUCCAUAAGAGGUACACUCAGUUCAUUUAUGCAAAUAUUAAUAAAUAUUGGCUGGAUAUUUUCAUUUUCAAUUGGUCCAUUUGUAUCUUACAAUAUUCUCUGGAUGUCAUGUGCUACUUUACCUCUUUUAUUUUUUAUAACAUUCUAUUUAAUGCCUGAGUCACCUUAUUAUUUAGCAUCACAAGGUCAACACAAAGAAAUGAUUCAAGUUUUAAUUAAAUUUCGUGGUAAUAGUGCUGAUUCUAUUGAAGAUGAAGCUAAUGAAAUUAAAGAUUGUGUUCAAGCUGCUGCUAAACUCGAAACAAGUAUUAUGGAUUUAUUCAGAAUACCAAGUAAUUUUAAAGCACUUUGGUACAGUUGUAUAAUGUUUAUAUUUCAAAGUUUUUCUGGUGCAGUUCUUAUAUUAAAUAAUGCUGAAUCAAUAUUUAGUGCAACUGGUGUUAGUAGUACUAUUUCACCAGCAGUUUCUGUAAUAAUCAUUGGAGUUGUUCAACUAGUUUUUUGUUUUAUAACACCAUUGUUUGUUGAUAAUUGGGGAAGAAAAAUAUUGUUAAUUUUAUCAGGCAUUGGUGAAGUACUGAGUCUUGCAGCACUUGGAUUAUAUUUCUAUUUGGCUGAAAACGCUAAUAAUGGUGAUGGAGAUAUAAGUGGUAUCAGCUGGUUAUCAACAGCUUCAAUGAUAUUUUUUUUUGCUACGUAUAGUAUUGGUUGGGGACCAUUACCAUGGACACUAAUGAGUGAAAUAUUUGUUUCUGAUAUUAAAACAAAAGCAUUUGCUGUCGUACAAACAGUAAAUGGAAUUGUAUUAUUUUUAAUACUCAAACUUUAUCCAACUAUUGUUGAUGAAUUUGGCAUGUACAGUUUAUUUUGGCUAUUUUCAAUUAUUUGUUUCAUCAGUAUUUUAUUUACAAUAUUUGUACUUCCUGAAACUAAAGGAAAAAGUUUACAAGAAAUUCAAAAACAACUUGCUAGUCAUUGAUAUUUGAUAGCAAGGAAAAAAAUGAUCCUUGUGCUCAACAAUGAUCCUUGUGGAGUCAACGGAUGAGGUGAGCGGUUUUGUAUUUGUCCAAAAGGACGUAUAGUUUGGCGGCAAGGGUUGUGUUAAAACUCGUCUUGCUUACAAGGGCUUGUCAUUGACAAGAAAUC